AUGUCAUCUAAAAAUUCUGCUGAAAAGUCUACUGGUGAUGGUAAGAAACAUUUUGAAAAUGUUGAUACACCAAAUGAAUUUAUUCAAUAUAUCACAUAUUUAAAAAAAUUAUUUGAUGAAAAAAAUGUUUUGGAGAUGCAAGUUAUGUAUGAACAAGGUCUUUCUGAAAUGACUGAAAAAUACUAUCCAGAUAAAACAUGGCCUGAACCUAGUGUUAUAGAAAACAUUAUUGAUGAUUCUGGAUGUGUCUUUAAUAUUCUUUAUAGAGAAUUGUAUUAUAGGGAUGUUCUUAUUAAAACAUCUUCUAGAGGAAUACCUCUUUGCGCUAGAUAUGAUUCUUUUAUGAAUUACCAAGAUUUGUUUUCUUGUAUAUUAAAUACUCCUGAUGGCAAACCUGCUGAGUUCAUUCUUCCUGAUUCCUGGAUUUGGGACAUUAUUGAAGAAUUUAUACAUCAAUUUGUUAUGUAUUGUGGUUAUAAAGCUAACCCUUCUCAUAGAACUCCAGACGAAAACCGUGAUUUAGAAGAAAUUGAAAGCAAUCAAACAUGUUGGAAUGUAUAUCCAGUCCUUAAUAUUUUAUAUUCCCUGAUUUCAAAAUCACAAAUAAAUGAACAAUUAAAAGCUAUACGUGAAGGUGAGAAUCCAGAUGAUUUUGCUGACAACUUUGGAAAAAGUGAUCUUUAUUUUAAGUUAGGAUAUUUCUCGUUAAUUGGUCUUCUUAAAAUUCAAGUUUUGUUAAGUGAUUAUCAUCAAGCUCUCCAAACAGUUGAAUAUUUAGAGAUGGAUCCAAAAGGUUUAUACAAUAUGGUUACAAAUUGCUAUGUAAAUUUACAUUACUAUGUAGCAUUUUCCCAUAUGAUGAUGAGAAAUUAUGGUGAAGCAACUAAAAUAUUUGUUAAUUGUCUUCUUUAUAUUCAAAAAGCAACUAACAUCUAUAAAUUUAACAACUCUAAUGUUCAACGCAAGUAUAAUCCUCUUGAUUUUAUUGUUAAAACUCAUGAUCAAAUGAUUUCUUUGUUAUGCAUCUGUUUAGCAUUACAUCCUCAAAAAAUUGAAGAAAGUAUUCAACAAAUAAUUACUGAGAAAUAUGGUGACGUUUGUCUAAGAAUGAUAAAUGGUGAAGUAGAAGAAUAUCAAAGUUGUUUUCUAGCUGGUGCACCUAAAUUUAUUUCACCAACAACCGUUGCCUAUGAAGGUACUAGUGUUUCUAGACAAGCUCUUAUGCGUCAAUGUAAUGCAUUUAUGCAAGGCUUGAAGGGACAAAUUUGGCUUCCAAUUCUUCGUAGUUACUUGAAAUUAUACACAUCUAUUUCAACAAAAAAAUUAGCAGGAUUUUUAGAAAUGGGAGAUGAUAAACAUGAAGAAUUUAUCACCAAACUUCUAAGUUUUAAAAUGAUUGUUAGUGAACUUGGAAAAGAAACAGCUCCUAGCAAUGAUAAAAAUGAUAUUGAUGAUACAACAUUGGAUUUAGAUUUUUAUGUUGAUGAUGAAACAAUUCAUGUUGCUGAUACACGUAUUGCCCGAAAGAUUACUGAAUUUUUUUUGAAAAGUUCUGUUAAACUUAGAAAUCUUACUCAAAAAGCUAAGUCAAUCAGAAUUCCACCACCUAAAAGAGAUUCAAAUUUUUAG